UUCAUUUGUCGUCUGUGUUUUUAAUAAAAAAAUGACCAAGUUACGGUCAACAAAAUACGAAAAUACAUUAAUAAUUUAAUACCUACAUUGUUAUAUCGGUAAUUUACGUUAACUUAAUUGAGCAGUUUCAUGUUUUGGUUUAAAAACGUUAAAACACAUGAAUCCAUCAAUCCGUUAAGUUUAGAUAUUUUAUGCGAACAAUCAACGAGUGGCUUGUAUCAUGUUAUUAAGCGAACGCUGGGUGUUUUAAAAAACUUCUUACCCAUUUUGUCUAAUACACAUAAUAGGGCGUUGUUGUGCAUUCAAACAAACUUGAAAUGGAUGAUCCCACUAUCACCGUUGCUACAUUGCUUCGUAAACUUUGUGAAGGAAUGUCAACAAAUCCAGAUGGCGCAUAUGACCUAGCUCUGACUUAUUUAUCAGAAAAUGAUAAGCUUCGCUCACUGAUAGACGAAGGGCGAUCAGUGAAAGCAAAAGAGAGGCAGUUAUGUCAAAAAAUUCAUGCACGACUGUCUAAAGUGUCUGCAAGAGAUGCUGAUAAAUUCAAUGAAUCUUAUGGAAAGCUGAAGGAUUCUUUUGUAUUGAAGCAGAGAGAAGCAGUGCUGUCUUUGUUAUUAGCUCUCUCAGAAACACCACAGAAUUCAGAGUCUACCCAACAAUUGUUUCCAGUACCAGAAUUAGCAGUCCCAAAUUCUAAAGUGGGACCAUCUACAGCUGCCUCAAGUUCCAGUAAAAGUACAAUAGGAUCUGUUAGCUGGAGUAGCCAUGUUCCUAAGCAGCAAGGCUCCAGCCAAAGUCUGCCAUCAACCAUCAGCAGUAUGGGACAGCAAGUUGCUUUGUCUUCCAAUGAUAGAUCAAGCGAGCGCUCUUGUGUUCGAGAGGCCUUGCUCGCUGUGUCGGGUGUCAAGGCUCGCUGCUCGAGCUCGUGGCCAAGGCCCGUCCAAAUUAUGUACUCGCGGAUAGCGCACCUGGGCUUCCUGCAUGAUCGCCUCAAAGAGUUCAUCGAUCCUUCAUCUGGACUCAUGCCGCAAGGGUUAAUGGGUGACGGCAUGGUGACGUUUAUACGAGACGAACUUACCGAGUACUUCCGCAGCGUUGCAGUACUGCACUCUCAGGUGUGUGAAGGAGACGGGGGAGGCGGCACUCUGCGACGUGUGUGCGUGUGGGCACAAGAGCCCCUGCACAGGCUGACGUGGCUAGCUAACAUAGCUCACACAGCACACCAUAAGAAAGGCGGCGAGCUGGCGUCGUGCGUGCACCGCUUCGUGCGGCAUGGCGACGAGCGCGUGGCGACGCUGGCGCGGCGGCUGCUCACCGCGCUCACCUACCCGCUGCUGCUCAUGCUCACCCAGUGGCUGUUGAAUGGAGAGAUUGAUGACCCUUUCAAUGAGUUUUUUAUUGAAAGCCGAAGUGGUGUACCUAUUGACAGAAUGUGGCAUGAUAAAUAUAGAGUAAGAGAAUGGAUGGUGCCGUCUUUCAUGUCGCGCGAGCAGGCGGCGCAGAUCCUGGCGACGGGCAAGAGCGUGGUGUUCAUGCGCGAGGCGUGCGCCGACGAGCCCGCGCCGGCCGACCACUGCCUGCACCUGCACGACCUGCUGCAGGCGCACGACGCCUCCGGUGAGUGUCGCUGCACAGAUCCUGGCGACGGGCAAGAGCGUGCUACUCGGCCGGGUGGCGGCGCUUCGACGGCGUGGUGGGAGGCGCACGGGCUGCGCGCGGCCGUGGGCGCGGCGCACGAGGCGGCGGCGGCGCGCCUGCUGGCCGCGCUGUCCACGCACCACCACCUGCUGGACCACCUCGCCGCGCACCGCCGCUACCUGCUGCUGGCGCAGGGCGACUUCGUGCACCACCUCAUGACGCUCCUGCAGGACGAGCUAAGUAAGCCCGCGACGUCGCUGUACGUGCACAGCCUGUCGUUCACGCUGGAGACGGCCGUGCGCGCGACCAACGCGCAGUUCGAGCCGCCGCACGUGCUCGCACGACUGCAGGUCAACUUGUACCCGAAUUGCGACGGGCGCGAGGACAGCGGCUGGGACGUGUUCGCGCUGCAGUACCGCGUGGACGGGCCGCUUGGCACGCUGUUCCCCGCCACGUGCGCCGCCCGCUACCGCGCGCUCUUCACGCAGCUGUGGCGCGUCAAGCGCAUCGAGCACGCACUGCACCACGCCUGGCGCGACCACACCAUCCUGCAGAAGAGGCUCCGCAAGAUGCCCGAGGUGUGGGGGCUGAUGCGGCGCGUGUCGUGCCUGCGCGCGGAGGCGCUGCGGCUGUGCGGCGCGCUGCAGGAGGCGAGCUUCGAGGGCGCGGAGGCGGCGUGGGCCGAGCUGCUGGCCGCGGCCGCCGCGCGCCAGCACCUCGACCGCCUGCUGGCGCUGCACCACCGCGCGCUCGACCGCCACUCCAUCCACGCCAUGAUACACCACACCACGCAGGAACUGCAGUCAUAUCUCGGCAACGUUCUGAACGAGACUCUGGCGCUGCGCAGCUUUGAGACGACGCUGCACGCCGGCAUCAACCGCGAGCUCGAGCGACGCGACCAACUCGAACAGUUAAAAACCGAGCGAGUUGCAAGAGAUGAGUACCCGAUCAGUAGCGCUGACGAGGCGCGAGAUAAGGAGAAGCGGAAGAUAUUCCACCAAUUCUUGGCCAACAGAAAAGCUGAUCUAAAUGUUUGGGCGCGAACUUACAGGGGCCACGUGACGACAUUGAUUCUUAAACUCGCCUUGCACACUGAGGUGUCUCUCCAAACGCUCGCAUUCAGAUUGGACUACAGUGAUUUCUACAAACGUGGCGAUGCCAAGCUACACGAACCACUUACAUACCAACAUAAGAGGCUUAGUGAGAUAGGCCUUAUUACGGCUAAGAGUAAACUGAUAAAUCACACGCGGAAAAAGUGACACAAGUUGUUGGAGAUGUCCAUUACCGAUGUAUGUUCACCGUGGACCGUUCUCGGAUGUGUUCGCACUGACUGAACGUUGUUUUUAUUGCAAAGAACUUACAUGUGAAGUAUCGGCAACACAUAAAUAUUUAUUAUUAUUAAAAAGCACCAAUAAUGCCUUUGUAAAUUGCUCUCUAUAUUUAUAAUAGUGCUAUUAUACUGAAAAUUGUUAAUUUUUUUUAGCAAAGUAAUCUCGAAAUUGUUAAAGCUUAAACGAGUUAAGAUAAAUAACUAAUGAUAUAAUAAAGUGAAUUUUAUUUAGAUACUAGCGGACGUCCGCGUGGAAAUCGAAGUCACCUUCUAUUUAUGUUUUCGGAUGUUUAUCUGAUAAAUAGUCCAGUGAUCAUUUUACUUAAUAUUAUUAGGUAAUAUGAUAUAUAAUAUAAAUCAGAUCUUUAAAAUCUUAGUUACAACAGACCAAUUUCAC